AUCAGAUUUUCUUUUCUUCAUCUUCGCGACUUCGCCAAAGCCAUUCCAUUUCUCCCUUUUCAUCUCUUUCUAUAUUCCUUUCUUUCCCCAUAAGAUAAUAAAGCGAAAACCAAUAUACCAUGACUAGUGACGAGGAGUGGGUGGAAGCAGCUAUGAGCGAUGACGUCAUGGUGGUGGAGCUGCUGCUGCGGCUCAAACAGUCUUACCCGCUGCUGUCGGUGGCUCUUAAACCGACGGCUUUGCCACUUGAGUGGAGCGUGCGUCAACGCAGGUCUAAGCCCUUCGUUACUGACUCCACCACGAAACCGGGUCUCAGAGCUAGUCCCACAACGCCACUGUCAUGGAGCGGAGCCGCCUCUAUCAGUGGUGGAUGUGGUGGAAGUGCUGGCAUAGUUGACGGUGGCCCUGAAGAGUCCAGCCGAUCCUCUGACCCAAAACUAUCUAAACCCCCGAGAUCUGAGGUUAAUGGCGAUGGUGAAAAAUCCAUGAAGAGGUCAAGAAAGAAGAAGACCUUGGCAGAGCUUCAAGUAGAGGAGUACUUGCUUGAUAAGGAAAAAGGAGAAUUGAAAAGGAAAAUAGCGGCAUUACGCACAAAUUUGGAGAAACAGAAGGCUACAAAUGAUAGUCUGAAGAGACUAAAGCUUGAAUCCGCUACUGAAAGAAGAUCAUUGAUUGAAUCCGAGAAAGCAAUUCACUGUCAAUUCCAGCAAAAGUCAGAAGCACAAUAUCAUAUCCCUAUCUUCCCACCCUUUGUAUUAGGAAAUGGUGGUUCGCUGCAAUGCUAUCCUCCAAACGGGCCUUCUGAAGAUAAGACAGUUGCUCCAUGUGAAGCUAAGUUUGUACUUCCAGAUCUGAAUCUUAAUUUGGAGGAAGAAUCAAGCCUCUAUGUUCUUUGUGGAUAGUGCAUCAAAUAUAUAACUUCUAUACUUGAAUAAGUUCUGCCCUUGCUUUAGGAUGAAUCGCUGUAACUAUAUUACAGAAUCAAUUAUCUUAAACCACUUCCUAAACGCAAUGUGGUAGUUUCUUGCAUGUGCAUGUCAAAAUUUUGCCAAGAAUCAAAUGGACAACGAAUGGAGCCUCGUUGAAAUUUU